CGUCGCGGGGGGGGUGAGAGGUCACGGCGGCGGCGGCGGCGCCGGUGUGAGGGCAGCGGAGCCGCGUCCCGGCCCCGGUCAUGGCGGCCCGGCGGCUCCGCGGCGCCUUCCAGCUCGGAGCGCGGCAGCGGCUGCGGGCCGCGGCGGCCCCGCCCGGCAGGCACACGGCCCUGUGCGGCCUCCGGCUCAGCCGGCUUGGCCGGCCAGCGAGCAGCACCGAGUGGGGGCCCCGGGCCCAACCCAGCCGGUCCUUCCUCAACCUCACCAACAAGCGGAAGGAAUACUCGGAGCGGCGCAUCAUCGGGUACUCCAUGCAGGAGAUGUACGAUGUGGUCGCCAACGUGGAGGACUACAAGAACUUCGUGCCUUGGUGCAAGAAGUCAGUGGUGGUCUCCAAGCGCACGGGUCAUGUCAAGGCGCAGCUGGAGGUGGGCUUCCCGCCCGUGGUGGAGCGCUACACCUCUAUCGUCACCCUUGUCCGCCCCCACCUCGUCAAGGCUGUCUGCACGGACGGGCGCCUCUUCAACCACCUGGAGACGAACUGGCGCUUCAGCCCCGGCAUCCCCGGCUAUCCCCGCACCAGCACCGUGGAUUUCUCGAUCUCCUUUGAGUUUCGCUCCCUGCUGCACUCCCAGCUGGCCACCGUCUUCUUCGACGAGGUGGUCAAGCAGAUGGUGGCAGCCUUCGAGCGCCGGGCAGCCAAGAACUUCGGUCCCGAGACCCGCAUCCCCCGGGAGCUCAUGUUCCACGAGGUCCACCAGACGUGAGGGCAGCCCGGCCACCGCAGACUGUGCCAGGGCCACGGGGCUUCCCACCCUGCGCCCACCCUCCUGAGUAUUUAUUUGAGUGCAUCUCUGCUGCCGUUGCCUCAACUUCCCUCCCGGCCCUAGGGGCGAGAAGCAAUGCUCCUGUGAGCGCGGGGGCUGCCGUGAGCCCCCAGCCCCACCACGACGCUGCGGGAGCUGCGUCCCAGCGCUGGACUCCCUGGUUUUGUAGCUGAUACUGGUUUUAAGUUUCAUUUUAGUUCUUGGGAGCUCUUUUUUUCUUUUUUUUUUUUUCCUCUCCCCCGUUCUGUUCCUUUUAAUUCCUCGGCAAGGCCAGAGGGUCCCGGUGGCGGGGCAGCUCCUGGGCCAGCCGUGCCUGGCCCCGCCGAGGAAGGUGGGUGUUCGCUGGGGGGGGAGCCUGGCCCGAUCCUGCCUGGGAACGCAAGAGGGGCAGGCAGUGAGCGGCCAGGGCAGGGGUGGGGGGGCAGCUGCCAGUGCCCCCUGCUCCCCCAGCUCUUCCAGGAACAAAAGGGAAGGAGAAGGGCGUAGGGGCGGCAGCCGCUGACCCCUUGCCCAGACACUGGAGCUGAGGGACCCCCGGCAGCGCCCGCUCUGCCGCCAGACCCGACGUCGCACAGUUUGCACAAGUCACACGCACAGGGUGGGGAUGGGGCAGCUUGUGCUGCCCCCCCUCCCCGCCACCCCCAGCCCCUUGCAGACCCACUGCAGGCCAAGGCGCCGGCGCCGCAGGGACCAGGACGGCCCCGGCCCACAGCCCCCCUGCCACCCCCAGCGUUCUGGUUCCAGCUUGCCUUUCCCUGCCUUUGGUGGGGGGACGUAGAGGCCUCUGGCUCCCCCAGCCCAAAAAGCCACCUGUGGGGGGGGCAGGGGCUCCCUGGGCUGCCAGUCCCCCACCCCAGGGUCCCCCUGCACCGUUCCAUCACCAUUGCCAAGGGCACCCUGGCCUUGCUGCCCGAGGAAAGGGCUUUUACGGGCCAAUAAAGAGCAUUUUCCAAGGGUGAGCCGCCUCCUGGUCCUCAUUCAGCACCCACGGGAGGGGGGAGCUGGGGUGGGGCUGCACACCGAGACCCCCCCCAGACCCCAAACCAGGCUGGUUCCUGUAGAAGCCACUGAGCCUGGUGCGGCCGGGGUCCCGAGGGGCCAAGCACCACCGUGUCAGCCCCGGAAGAGACAAGAGCAGGACCGGGGGCCUCAGGGCAGCCCCCCAGGUGGGGUGGUGGGCACAGUCGCCUGCCUCCCACCCUAAAUCCUACCGGAGCAAAGCUGAGCCCGGGGGUGAAAGUCCUGCACCUGCUGGGAGGGAGGGAGGGAGGCUCUGGUUUGUUAAUAAAAACAUUUAUUUUGCA